AUGAUAAAACCAAUAAAAUUAAGUUAUGAAGUUAAUAGAGUUACUAUAGUAGCAAUCCUGAUAGCCAGUUUUUUCAUUCCAGGAGAAAUUAUUUCUUCACUAAUACGGAAUGAAAUAGCAAAAGAAAUAAGAAACAAAGUAAAAAAAAUAGAUGAACUUAUCCAUGAGGCUGCUGCUACACAAGAGACUAACUCAGAAAAAGUUGAAGAAGCAAAAAUAAUCAUAAAAUCAGAGAAGGAACUAAAAGAACUCGAUCAAACAAUUAAAGAAAAAGGGCCGGCAGCUCCAGACUACCAAUAUAAAAUUAAAGAACGAGAAGUUAACUUCUUAGAAAAUACGAUAAAUUUCGAUGACUAUCAAAGCAAAACAAAUGAGUUUUCAAUUGCUUUCCUCAAAAAUAUUAAUAAGAAGAUUAGUGAGCAAGAAGUAAAAGAAAUGCUUUUAAGCCUUCUCGGUCAAGAAGCAAAUGCUGACUUAUGGAAAUAUACCAUUAAUUUCCAAGGUAAUGAGCAAGAGAAACCUCCUAAUCUAUCUCAAUUUGUCUUCAUUGCUAGUAUUCCUAAUUCUGAUUCUAAAAAUUUAGAAGAAUUAAAGAAAAACUUCCGAGUAGUGGAAGUUCCCUUAAGCAAACAUCAGUUAACGGUUUUCAUUCUUUCGGGCGGAGUUGAAGUAAUUAUUUUUUUCUUUCUCAUCAGAAACAAAAGAAAAUCUCAACAUGAAAAACUCCAACAACUUGAUUAA